AUGUUCCUCCAAGACUUUGCUGGACACCCCAACAUCAUAAAACUUCACAAAGUAAUCAGAGCCGAAAAUGACCGAGACAUCUAUCUCAUAUUUGAGUUCAUGGAGACUGACCUUCACAAUGUUAUAAAGCGAGGAAACAUUCUGAAAGAUGUUCACAAGCGUUACAUCAUGUACCAACUCUUAAAAGCCACUAAGUACUUACAUUCUGGGAAUGUCAUCCACCGGGACCAAAAGCCUUCCAAUAUUCUGCUAAACACUGAUUGUUUGGUGAAAGUGUGUGACUUUGGUUUGGCCCGUUCUCUUUCCCAAAUUGGGAGGGAUGAAAUGGGAAACCCAAAUCUCACGGAAUAUGUUGCCACACGAUGGUACAGAGCUCCAGAGAUUCUUUUGGCUUCUCACAGGUAUACAAAAGGUGUGGAUAUGUGGAGUUUGGGUUGCAUACUUGGAGAAAUGUUGCUAGGCAAACCUUUAUUUCCUGGUUCAUCAACACUCAACCAAAUUGAACACAUUAUGAGCAUAAUAAACCCACCAACAAAUGAUGAUAUUGAAAGUAUCCAGUCUGCUUAUGGUGCGUCUAUUUUAGAGAAAGCCUCUAUCAAGCCCAAGAAAAGUCUGUCAACCCUCCUGUCUGAUGCUCCCCAUGAAGCAGUUGACCUUGUCUCAAGGCUUCUUCAUUUUAACCCUGAGAAACGAAUCACAGUUGAUGAAGCUCUCCAGCAUCCUUAUGUCAUUCAAUUUUAUAAUCCUGAUGAUGAAAUAGUCCUUGGCUGUGAUGUUGUACCUUGCUUGAGUGAUGAAACCCAACUUACUGUGGAUGAAUACCGAAAGAAGCUUUAUGAGAUUAUUCUCGAAAGAUCCCGAAGGCGUCGGGACAUGGGUAAAGGUGACGUACCACGAUCACACAAAGAACAACUUCCGGAUGUCAUUCCACCCAAUGAACCAUUCCAUAAGGAGAACAGGCAACAAAACCAGACUUCUCCUUUCAGUUCAGGAAUAACUGCACAUCAUGGAACUAUGGGGCACACUGACUGCCUACUUACCUCCCACAAAUCGUCCUUCCUGCAGAAAGCUUCCACACACAAUUCUGAGACCCCAGCACCACACCCAAAUCGGUUGCGGCCCAUGUCAAGAUAUAAGCCAUUAGAGAAUAUUACCACUUCUUCAGCCCUAAAACCAAGCAGCCAGGGAUGGGCUGCCAGUUCAAUGGCCAAACCUUCAACUGGUGAGGAGCUGUCUGAUACUGAUACCUUAAGGAAUCGCAACAUCUCUGCGCCAGUUGGUGGUCGAGGUAGAACACGAAGUAUGAAUGGAAUGUUCCAGACAGGCAAUCCCAUAAUUACUCGGGACAGCAAAACUGGACUGACCAUCACAUCAUCUCCUCUGGUUCGGAACCAACGCCCAGUCUCUGCAAAGGAUUCAAGACCCAAACCAGUGUUUGGUCGACGACAAUUCAAUAACAGCAUCAACAACUGCUCCGGAGGUGCUCCAAAAGCAACAUUUGGCAGUUAUACACAGUCAUAUGGCACCAUCACUGCAAGUGGCUUGGCUUCUUUGCAAACCAAGAAGCCUUAA